AUGUGGCGGUGGGAGGGCUCACAGCGAGUUAUACUACUGGCAUGUGGUUCGUUCAAUCCACCGACAAUAAUGCAUAUGAGAAUGAUGGAAGUCGCUCGGGAUCAUCUAGAAAAACAACUGAACUGCACCGUUCUGGAAGGCCUGCUCAGUCCUGUGGCCGAUUCGUUCAACAAACCGAACCUCGCCUCCGCACAUCAUCGUCUGGCGAUGGUUGAAGCGGCGGUUUCGCAUUCCUCAUGGCUUCGAGCAGAUGGAUGGGAAUGUCGACAGAAGACGUGGUCACGGACCUUAUCCGUUCUUCAGCAUCAUCAUCAGGUGGCCAAAGAACGUCUACGCAAUGAUGUACGUCUCGCGCUGGUGGUCGGUGGUGAUGUUGUGGAUUCAUUCACCAGAAUUCUUCCGAAUGGCGAGAAUCUAUGGCAUCCGAAUGAUGUUCGUGAUAUUAUCACAAAAUUUGGACUUAUUGUAAUUAAACGUGAAGGUGCCGAUCCGUUAGGGACUCUACGAUCCAUGUCAAUUCUACGUGAUGUUGUUGAUCAAGUGCUUAUAUUGGCUGAUGAUGUUUGUCCGUGUAGUGUCAGUUCAACUAAUAUACGUAAUGCAAUUGCAGCUAAACGAUCUAUAAUGUAUAGUACUCCAUUUGCAGUUGUUGAAUAUAUUCGAAAAUUUGGUCUUUAUACGUCUAGCAAUUCUAGCAAUCAUCAUUUCACUGUACCAUCCAAAUAA